GGAGGUUUUAGAAGAGUCCUUGAACGCAACAUUCGUUCCCCGUGUUUGUGGGAGGGGCUUCGGGCAGGAGGUCAUCACAAACAUGGCGUGGCGAGGAUGCGUAAUCAAAUGGGCUAAAACAGAGUUCCUCAGGUCCACCAACAGUACUCCACGAGCGACCAGACUGAAUCCCCAUCACCAACAGAGGUGUGGUUUCCGUCGAGAUGCCAAAAGGCCAGAUACAAAUAAAGGAAAUGUCACCAGAGAAACCAAGCCCACCCCCUCUGAGGCUGGCAUACCGGGACCCCCACCGCCCCUCAAGGUCCCCAGGCCCCCGCUCUUCAAACCGCUGAUGUUCACAGUUGGGUUUACAGGUUUCUCCUUUGGUGCGGCGGCCAUUCUGCAGUAUGAGACGUUGAAGUCGAGAGUUCAGAACGCGACGGACGCGGAGGAGUCGGAAAAGCUCGUGCAGGGGUCUCAGGACAUGGCGUACUGGCACGACUGGUGGAACCAGUUGUCGGGCUUCCAGCAGCAGCUUCUCCUCCUGUUGUCCAUGGUGGACGACUUCUGGAGCAGCCUCACAGAGGGGCAGAGGACCGUUACCGGCAUCAUCGCUGUGAAUGCUGUUGUACUGUGCUGCUGGCGGAUCCCGUCCAUGCAAAGAACCAUGAUUAAGUACUUCACGUCCAACCCAGCCUCCAAAACACGGUGCCUUCCCAUGAUCCUGUCCUCCUUCAGCCAUUACUCCUUCAUCCACAUGGUGGCCAACAUGUACGUCCUGUGGACGUUCUCAUCAGGACUUGUCUCUCUCUUAGGCAGGGAGCAGUUCCUUGCAGUCUACCUGUCUGCUGGUGUGAUUUCCACUAUGCUCAGCUACAUUUGUAAAACCGCAUCGGGACGUCUCCAUCCAUCCUUAGGAGCAUCGGGUGCCGUCAUGGCGGUGCUGGCUGCAGUGUGUGCAAAAAUGCCAGAGGCUAAACUGGGCAUAAUCUUCCUUCCCAUGAUCACUUUCACUGCAGGAAAUGCUCUUAAAGCUCUUGUUGCCAUAGAUACAGCCGGGCUCCUACUGGGAUGGCGGCUGUUUGACCACGCAGCUCACCUCGGCGGUGCCCUCUUUGGAAUAUGGUACGUGUCCUAUGGUCACAAGCUGAUUUGGAGGAAGAGGGAGCCCCUGGUGAAGCUGUGGCAUGAAAUGCGUUCUCCAGCUGCCGGUGGAUCGAGGCCCGGGGGUUGAUGGUAGUGGACCUGGAACCCAAUGAGACACUGAGAGGUUUCCUGACUCCUCCGUCAAAGAACUGGAGUACAACGUUACCCCAGAACAUGCAGGGACACCAAGAGUGACUCGGGUGUUAUUGUUUAUUGAUAAAUAUAGCUUUUGGUUCAAGGUGAUUGAGACAUGUCAGGACAUUGUGACAGGUCAGGUCUCUCAAUCCAGAUGUUUAAUGCGAGGACUGAAAACAUCUGCUUCCAUACAGGUGUAUCCGUUACACUACAAAAUGAAAAGGAUCCCCGCUGUUCUAGCUGUAAACAAUCUGACGAUGUUUAACCUUCAAGCCUUCAUGUUGGAUGUCACCUUUCCACAUUGUGGAAAACAUUUGCAGGAGCCUGAGCAGACAAACCCGAACAGUUCAGUGAUUCAACGUAAUAUACAGUCCUGUGGGCUGGUCUUAUGUUGCCAUUAAAACUGGAGUUUUUAACAGA